AUAAGAACUGUCAAAACUAUCAAACGAGUACUUGCGUUCAAAGAAAACAGUACAAACAAAUAUAAAAAUAAACAAAUAAAUAAACAGAAAUAAAAAGAUAUGACAUCUAAAAAAUAUAGCGAUGUAAACUUUUAUGCUAUUUUGGGUGUAGAAAUUGAAGCUGAUGAAACUGCUAUUAGAAAAGCGUACCGCAAGAAGGCUUUGGAGUGCCAUCCUGAUAAAAAUCCCGAUAAUCCUAAAGCAGCAGAAUUGUUCCAUGAGCUUUCUAAGGCUUUGGAAAUACUUACGGAUAAGGCGGCGAGAACCGCAUAUGAUAAUGUUUGGAAAGCAAAGAAGGCCGCUGAACUACGCAAUAAGCAAUUGGACAGCAAGCGACAAAAACUUAAAGCGGAUUUGGAAAAGAGAGAACGAGAAGUUCAAAAUACCUUACAACAAACAGGUAGAACAUUCAGAACAGUUUAUAAAUCCGAUGAGGAUGUAUUGCAAGAACAGAUUGAAAGGAUAAGAAGAGAAGGAUCACGCCUUUUGGAGGAAGAACAGGCGAUGCUAAGAGAACAAUUACAAAAAACAUUAGUUGAGCAUAUGAAUCAGCAAACAAGAAAUGAUUCAACAUAUCGUCUGAAAAUUAAGUGGAAAGCUGAAAAAAAGGAUCCAUUGAAUGGGGGAUAUAACAAUGAAAAUCUCAUAACAUAUUUAAAAAAAUAUGGAGAUAUUGUGGCUUUAGUGAUGAGUAAGAAAUGUGGCAGUGCUCUGGUUGAGUUUAAAACAGUAGAAUCUGCAGAGAUGGCUCUCUCUUACGAAAAGGGUUUAGUGGAAAACCCAUUAAAUUUUGAAUGGAUUGUACCACCAUCUGACACAACAAAUCAAAGAAAGGCUACGGUUACCUCAACGGAUUAUGAGGACUUGGUUAUGCGAAAAUUAAGACAAGCUGAAGAACGCAAAAAAUUAAUAGAACAAUUACAAAAGGAAGAUUUAUAAAGUAUUACUACUUACAAUAAUUUUUUUUAAUAAAUUUACAAAUUGCUAUCUAGUUCAAAUACGAAAUAUAAACUGGGUGUUAUAGUGUUGUUGGAUUCAUAAAGAAAAUCUUUCGAAUCAAAUUACACAAUAACCACUCGAUUUCAAAAUUUGUUUGUUGUACAU